AUGGCGCACGCCGCCGCAGCCGCCGUGCCGCUGCGCCGCCCGCUCCUCCUCUUCCUCAAGCCGGCCCGCCUCCUCUCCUCCCUCGCGCCCCCGUCGUCCCGCCGGUCCCACGCGCGGGGCACGCUCCGCCCCGUCGCCCCGUUGCCCUCCGACGGCGAGGACUCGGGCGAUGCGGACGCCGCGUCCUUCGGGAGGAGCCGCAACGAGAAGAAGCGGGAUGCCCGCCGCGCCGUGCAGUGGGGCAUGGAGCUCGCCAAGUUCUCCACUCCCCAGAUCAAGCGCAUCCUGAGGGCCGCGAGGCUGGAGAGCGAGGUGCUGGAAGCUCUUGUGCUCGUCAAGAAAUUCGGGCCCGACGUGCGGGAAGGAAGGAGGAGGCAGUACAAUUACAUCGGGAGCCUUCUUCGCAGUGUACAACCUGAAUUGAUGGAAACUCUUAUCCAAUCUUCAAAGGAUGGAGAUGAUAGCAGGCUACAAGCGUUAUUGAGUGAAGUGGAAGACAAGGCGAUGCAAACGGAAGACGAGGAAGUGGAAGAGUUAUCAGAUGAAGAAGAGGGUGAUGAAGAGUACAUAGAAAUUGCAGAUAGAUGGUUCGAGGGCCUCGUUUGCAAAGAUAUUCCAGUCACUAAUGAAGUUUAUGCGAUUCAUGAUGUUGAAUUUGACCGUCAGGAAUUGAGGAAACUUGUGCGGAUAGUCCAAGUAGUUCAAGAAGAAAGCAUGCAAAAUAAAGAUCGUGGGAAAGGAACUGAUGUCAAGCUUUCCAGAGCAAAGAAACCACUUCUGAUGUUCCUUCGCUCCCUUGCAAAGAAGCAUGCUGAGUAGGAGGAGGAGCAGUACAGGUUGCUUUCUUAUUUCCUGAACCAUCAGCAUGUACAUGUUGUUCGACUUCUACACACCCAAGAUCAACAUAACUAGCGAGUCCAUGUCAUGGAGCUGUAGGCAAAUUGUUGGACAAUGAUCUGCCAACUUUCUGAGGAAUCAUAUGAUGCACCUGGCCGAUCUACUUUUUUCUGAAACUCUGAUCUGCCUCACAGCUGCCAGUUGUUUCUGCAUAGGAAUAAACUAACCUGCAUUUCUCAGUAUGUGAGAAAAAAUUAUAUGUCAUACUGUCAUGUUCUGCCAAAUAUUUGAGAACGUUGGACUAAUUUCCUGGGAUUGUUUCUGGGUUCAACCGCGCAAGUAGAUCAAGAGCGAACCUUGUCUUUUCUUUUCAGAACUUAAUCUGGCCUGCAUUUUUAGACAGGUUGUAAAGUUGGGUUUAGCAUGUACUGGAAUAAUAACAUAAACAUGGAGUUCAUUCCUUGAUC